UCAACCCUGUACUAGAAAAGAGAUAUGGAUGGAUGGAUGGAUUGAUGGAUGGAUGGCAAAGAAGAGUAACAACAUGACUGUAGUGUCCUCUUUACUGCCUUGUAAAUGAGGCACUUACUAUUACAAAAUCUUGACCUGAAGAGGGGGCCGUUGCACGUCGAGAAUCAUUGCGAGGCGACCGCCAAUGUAGAGAUUAUCCUGAAAUGCGACAGUGAUCACUAACUCACCACUGGUCUUGGUUAUCUGAGUCCACGUGUGUAACUCUGGCUACAAAUGGUAUACCUUUGAUGAUUUUUUCCAUAGAAACAGUGAGUAUGGGCCUUCUAUGUAUGAAAUAUAAACUUUUAAAUAAGUAAACGCAUGACAUGCAUGUUAAUAUACAGUUGGGUAUGUAAUAUUGUUACCGCUUAAUGCUGUUUUGUAUAGAACAUCUUAGAAAUUGAUUGCGAUUGCGAUUUUUUUUGUAUCUUUUGUGGUGGCCUAUUUGCUUGAAUAAAACGCAUGGACUAUAUGAACAUACGCCCUUCGGUGAUUCCUGUUAAGCACAUGCUGCAUUCGAGCUGCUUUUAUUUCAGAUGACGUAUAGGGUAAUCCCCAGGUCCGACUCCGACAGGUCCGGUAACUAGCAGUGUGUUCCAUGGUACAGUCAGCGGCGUUUAGGGCUGUUCGGAGCCCUAGUGAGCCAGUGUGAGCCGUUCCUAGAUCAGCUUCUGUGGAGUCGUCUAGCACGUGUGGCGCGGUACGAACCCGGCCAGCUGAACCCGAAUCAGCGGCUGGGGCGCAUCUCAGCCGCAGUGUGUCCGAAAGGCUACGUCACCCACCGUGGGCGUCACCUGAGCCCGGCUUCCAGCGCACUACCCGCGCUUGUCGGAAUCGGCAGGACGGUGUCGCCGGAGCCUGAUGGAACCGAUGAAUCCUCAUCGAUGGCCUAGAAAUCGGGCACUUCUGCAGCGAUUAUGCUCUCUAUACCUUUAUGAAGAUACCAGCUUCAUUUCAAUACGCGCUGUUCUUUAACGUCGUUACAGUCUUGCUGUUUUAUCGGUAUUCGGUAAAUUAGGGUCACCGCAUUAUUCUGGCGAUAUUAUAUAUUGCAGAUUACGACAUUGCAUGGUUCGUGUGGUGCGCCCCAGGUUUAACACAUAACGAUGGCGAACCAUGUACAGGGAUUUAUCCGGCUGUGUCAGUACCUGCAGGACCCGCAUCUUGUUGCAAAAUUUCAGCAGAUGUGCGGCGUUAAAGGAACCUUCGCCGGGAAAGCAACCGAAAUAGCUGGACAGGAGGAGGAAACGCUGCAAAACGGCGACUGCAUCCUCCACUCCGCGGACGCAGAAACAGAUGGUCUUCGGGAGAGAAAAGACGCGAUCGGCUCCGGGAAGACGGCCCUUAUGAACCAGGUGAACCCGGUGCCUGACGCGGAGGAGGCGGCGAUGCAAAGCAGGCACUGGCGGCUCUCGGCUGCACCGGGCAGCAGGGAAGAAGAGGGAAAGGAGGCGGCGUGUGAGCUGUCAGAAUCCCGCCAGCAUGAAUCCCGAAGCACCGUUAAACCGCUGCGCAAAAACUCUCUGACCGGAGAUGUCGGACAGGAGUUCAUCAUCGAGAAUAAGUUUCUCUUCUACCUGUUCACGUUUGGGACUGAACUGGGCAAUGAAAUGUUCUUCAUCAUUUUCUUCCCUUUCUUAUUCUGGAACAUCGACGCCUACGUGAGCCGGCGCCUGAUCGUGGUCUGGGUCUUGAUCCUAUACCUGGGUCAGUGCGCCAAAGACCUCAUCCGGUGGACGAGGCCGGCCUCACCGCCGGUGGUCAAGGUGGAGGUGUUUUACAACACGGAGUACAGCAUGCCAUCCACCCACGCCAUGACGGGGACCGCCCUGCCGCUCUCCCUCUUCCUGCUCACCUACGGCCGAUGGGAGUACCCCUUCAUGUUUGGCCUCGGCUUGGUCGCUUGCUGGAGCCUCCUGGUCUGCGUGAGCCGGAUCUACAUGGGAAUGCACUCUGUCCUGGAGGUCAUCACUGGCUUCCUGUACAGCCUCCUGAUCCUGGCUGUGUUCCAGCCGCUGCUGAACGCCAUCGACCACUUCUACCUGACGCACCGCUACGCCCCCCUCGUCAUCGUCACCUCGCAUGUGGGCCUGGGCCUCCUGGCCUUCAGCCUGGACACCUGGAGCACAUCCCGCAGUGACACCGCGCAAGCCUUGGGCUCGGGGCUGGGUGCAGCGCUGGCUUCCCACCUCAACCACCUGCUGGGCCUGAUGCCCGACCCAGCCCUGUCGCGGCUGCCUCUGGCUGCCCCACCCCUCAGCGCCGCCCUGCUGGCCAAGUCAUUCCUGCGCCUGGUUCUGGGUGUAGUGGUGCUGCUGGCUAUAAAGGCGGUAAUGAAGGCCGUCGCCAUCCCGCUGGCCUGCCGCAUCUUCGGGGUCCCCGCCGACGAUGUCCGCAAAGCCCGGCAGCACGCACCGGUGGAGCUGACUUACCGCUACAUGGUGUGUGGCACUUUGGGCUUUAGCUGCGUCUUCCUGGUGCCCGUCUUCUUCAGCUGCCUGAACUUGUCCUGACGUUAUGCCGCUGUCACAGCCCGUUCCCUACAAGACGGGGCCAUUGCACACAAAAGCAAACAAGCCACAUUGCCACGUGAGACCUUCCUUUUAGUUGUGAAUUCUUCUGAAGUUCAGCUGUUUCUUGUUGGUUUGCUUCAGUAACAAAUAUGGUUGCGUUCAACCGCAGUUGGGUUUCUAUGACUUCUGGUGGUUUCCCCCUGUACUGCUGGCAUGGCUGCCUUGGUGGUGCUGUCCUCACCAUGAAAUGGGGGGAGGUGGAGCAGGGCUUUGCUGCUCGAGAUGCGCUGCCCUUCCGCGGUUUGACCCACGCAGCUUAGUUGUUCCACCAGUUGAUUUUUUACCCCAAUCAGGUCAAACCCAUUGUGAAUUAUCCUACUCUGCCAAACAGGACCUGGAGACCAUGGAGACCCAUGGCUGUUUUCUGAUGAUGCAUGAACCCCCCCCCCCCCCUCCUGGUACGAUAGAAUAAACUGAUCAAUCCCAGCGAAAAUUCCUGAAUUGCUUAGCUGUCCAUACGAUUUGAUCAGGCCACCUUUUGCUCACAGGCCCAGACCCACCUGGGGUGUCUCGUAUUUCGCUUACGCUGUUACACGUCGAGGUGAAGAGUAUAGUGUUGUUGUGAACUCCUUACAGCUCCUGUACUCCACUCUGAUCACUCUGUGAUCCGCAUUCUGGACCUAGACCCCCCUCCCUCUUCAUCUCAGGUCAUUUUCCUCGGUUUGAUAUGAGGGUUGGCAGAGUGACCCUUUCAGAUUUAGUCUAAUGUAGUUGUGUGAGCUUAGAAGUUUGGGAGGUCAGUCAGGGACCAUAAACAUAUUGGCUUAAGGAAUAUUCUUGCUCCAGUUGUCACUAUGAAAGCAGAGUCACUGGUGCCUAGAAUGAAUGAAGGAACUCCCACCUGGAUGAUGUGACGGCAGCCAUUCUGCACCAGUACGCUCGCCACACAGUAGUGAAGGUGGUGAAGGGGCAGGAGAGGAUUCACCGGUUAGUUACAGGGGCUGAUUAAGAGGCCAGAUUUGAAAGGGCCACAGUGGGCAGUUUAGCCAGGAUAUCGGGGUACCGCACUUACUCUUCUGAAAGACGCCCAGGGACCUUUCAUGACCUGGGAGUCAUCCGAAGGACGGCACCAUUUCUACAGCACAGUGUCCCCGUCGCUGCACUGGGGCAUUGGGGUCCACACUGACCACAGGAUGGGCUUCCCCAUCACCACACCAACACCCCCUCCAGCAGCAACCCAUCUUUCCUAGUUUGGUCUUCCAUCAAAGUGCUGGCCAGGCCCAAACCUGCUUAGCUCCAGGUGGAUUGUCAGGUCUGAACUACAGGUGGUGUGGCUGCUGUAGAUCAUUAGGGGAAGGUUUUUUUGCAAAGGGUAUCCAAAGAAAGGUUAGUAUUGAGUGUAGACUAAGUACUGUGUGACUUCAGGAUGACCCUACAUGACCUUUGUAUGUUCAGUGCUAAGCCUGAAAAGACGAAAAGAGUGAAGCUCACGUGGGAGUUCAUGUGGUCACCCUGGACCAGGCCCAGACUUCUUGUCUUAUAAAAGUCCAGACACAAUGGUCUUAUUGUUAGUAGACAGUCUUGUCAACAUUCAUUUAUUGACUUUUGCUUCAUAAAAAUAUUUUUUUCCUGUGCUCCUAUUUUGAACAGCCCCCCCCCCCCCCCCCAAAUGACUAUUCAAAACCGUAAUGUGUACGUAGUGUUAUUUUAAACAUCUGUGGCUGAAAAUGACGUCAAACCGUACACUUUGCCUCAAAUUGUGUUUUAACUUGUUACUAUUCUUCAUGAAAGGAAAACUGAUGUAGCCUAACUGCAUGCUAAGACCUUCAUUAGCUCCAGAAGAGCCUCAAAGUGUCGGUUCCAAUGUCUUAGUGCUAAAAGGAAAACAAUCUGUUUGUAAUUGUGUGUUUGACUUGUUGAUGUAUGAUCUAUGUGGUGACCACCUUAAGCCUUCCGCCCUUUGUGGACAACUCAGUAUAUGUUCAAUCAAUGUUUAUCCCUUAAACAGAACAGUCUCCUCAGGCUGUCUUGACGGAGAGAUAGAGGUGAGGACCGAUGCGAUGUGGAAGAAGAGCCGAAAUUCUUACUGUGUUGGUUUGGAUUGUACCUCAUUAUUCUACAUACCUUUGUGCCUUUCUUGGUCCUGGCGAUGAUAUUCUGCAGUGAACUGCAUUAUGAUGUCAGGGGAGAGAGUAUAAAUGCCACCCAUUACGUACUCCUGCUACAACAUUUCUGUACAUUUAUUAUAGGAAAGAAAAUGUUUGUUCAGUAGCCAUUGUGCUUCAAACCACGUGUGAAAAUGUUUGUCUUUAUUUCAUAAUGAUGUUUGUAUUCGUUACAGGAUUACUUACCAAUACGAAUAAAAAAUUUGCACAUUA